UUUUCAGUCGGCUAAUGUCCCGUGCGUUGUGUUGUACGUGUUCGAACCGGUGCACGGUAGUGUUGUGACAGCGAGUGUAUGUGCGAUGCUAGGACGGUGAUCGAGCAAUGGUGAAUUACGUUAAUCCGCUCGCCAUGUACCAAGGCAAGGGACAGUACGGCGCGAGCGGGUGGUACGGUUGGCAGCAUCAGAAUUUCGAAGAACAGCAGUGGUGUGCUUGGAAUGGCGCUCCGACGGCAGAGUGGCCCACGGAUCCUCAUCAUUUUAAAAGAGAGCCGGGUGAAAGAGAUAUUGCUGAAAUGCCUUCGCCAGCGAGAGGAGAUUUGGCGAGUCCCAGCGAAGGUUCCCCGGGCUCGAGGCCGUCACAGCCGCCGGCACCGCCUCGGUCGCCCUACGAAUGGAUGAAGAAACCAAGCUACCAAUCACAGCCAAAUCCAGGAAUUAUUAUAAUGGGCAAAACGCGGACAAAAGACAAAUACAGAGUGGUGUACAGUGACCAUCAGCGGCUGGAGUUAGAAAAGGAAUUCCACUACAGUCGGUACAUUACUAUUCGAAGGAAGGCUGAGCUAGCUGUCAGUUUGGGACUCUCUGAACGACAGGUAAAAAUAUGGUUCCAAAACCGCCGAGCCAAAGAGCGAAAACAAGUGAAGAAACGCGAAGAGGUGGUAAUGAAAGAAAAGGGUGAUCAUGCGUCGCUGCAACACGCGCAGUUGCAUCACGCGACAAUGCUGCACCACCAGCAGAUGAUGAACGGCAUGAUGCACCACCACCACUACCACCAAGGCGUGCUUCAGGGCGUGCCCGAGCCGCUCGUCCCCGGGGUGGCCCCAGUCCCGCUGCUGUGACCGCAAAACCAAGACUACGGUGCCUAUGACGCCUACGGACAGUGACUUUUUGACCAGUGAUUGUUUUGUGAAUUACCCCUCUUGGGUAUACGUAAUUAUGCUUUAAAUUAAUCCUUUACUUAUAAGUUGUGAUAAACUAAGUGCAAUAUUCUCACGGGACUAUUUCUCCGGAAAUAUGAUGAAACUAUGAAUAUUGGGACUCGUGAGGAAGCAUAAAUGACUAUCGUAAAAACUCUCUGAUACUCAGACUUUAUUCGUUAGUUCCGGACUCUUAUUUUAACCCUCACUUUAGUGGCUCAUUUCACGAAUUAACGAAGAAGCCUCUGCUUCAGAGGAGUGGACCUUCAUAGCUUUUUUAUAGCUAUUUAACUGUUAGUAUGUGCCUCUUAUACAGUUACGCCUUAAGGCUGUAUUAUGGCCUUUUACUGUUAAAUACGAUUAGUAUUAAUCUAAAUUAAAAGAAUUUUGUCAUUGUAAAUAUAGAUUACUAUAUUUUUUAUAUUAUUAUAAUACUUAAGUAUUACUGAAUUCAUUAUUUUUAACAAUUUAUUGUGUUUCUCAAUGCUUCACAUGUUACCAAUGAGAUUAUUUUCCGGUUAAAUUAAAAUCCGCAUGUCAUUGAAAAGAAUUCAUGCGGUGGUUCGUUUGAUUUGCAUAUUUUUAUUAAAUAAUUCGAUAGAAGCUUUUUAGAAUCUCAUUAAUACUUUGUAAAAUCAUAAACCGUGUCCAUAAAUUUUACGACAUAGUUUUAUUGCAUCGGGGGCAUUGAGAAAUAUUUUUUACGUUGAAUGAGAUUAUUCCUAGUUUUAACUGUUCUGUAAAUAAUAGCUUAAAAUUAGAUGUAAUUUUAUCUCAUAUUUAAUGCAAUCACUUAUUGAUACACAAUAAAUUAAUGUUUCAGACUUUUGAUUAUUCUGAUCUACAUUGCUUAACUUGUAGUUAAGUUGUUAAAUGUAGUAGUAUCUAAUUUAAUUUAUUCAUCAGCCAUUUAAUUAUUGACUGUCAAAGUUUAUCGUUAUGUUUUGUGUUAGGAUGACCAUUAAACAUUUUGUGGUGCUAAGAAUUAAGAGUACUCGAUUCGCUUCAAUGCUGAUUUGUAGAAAAUACUAAAUAUUAUGAACAUUUGUAUCUAUAGUGUAAUGUGCUUGUUGUAUUUAAGAUGUUGUGUUAAAGAGUAUUGUUUGAAAACACCGAUUUGUUAGUAAGUACAGCACCGACACGAAACACAUUUGAUAAACUAAAUAAAUCCAUGUUAAUCUA